GUCGAUAACCAAGGAACGUCUGUCCUCAUCUGUGUGUGUGUGUCUGUGUGUACUCACCUGUGUCUGUAUUCACCUGUGUCCGGCUCACCUGUGUGUGUACUCACUCGCCUGUGUGUGUGGUGCUAGUGUGCACACGCUCGGACGUCCUCCCGAGCCGCCAGCCCAGCUCCGGCGAGGUCUUAAGCGCUGCCACCCGAGCCGGCCGGCCGAGGAACCCGCGGGGCUUCUCCCCGCUGAGUCCGUGGGCGGCUCCAGACGGCCUCACUCUCCCUCCAGCCUGAGCGGCGCCCGGGGGCGUCGCCUCCUCGCCGCCCCGCCGCUCCGGACGCUCUCCUCCUCCUCCUCCGACCAGCACGAGCUGGCCGCCGGCCACCACUCCCAGGGCCCCGCCCGGGGACCUGCAGCCAGAAGCCUCUCCCGGUCUAGGGGAGCACCGGCCUCCUCCCACACCCUCGGGUGCCCGGUGUGCUGCCUUUCCCGGUAAAUAAGGAAGAAAAACUUGAAGCGAACCCAGUCCCACUACCUUCUUCCUCUCAAGAAGGCAGCCAGAGAAGCCGACGCGCACCUCCGCCCCACGAGUCCCUCUCUCUAGGACAGCGACUCUGCCUUCCCCGGAAACAGAAAAAGAAAAGGCAGGCCGGAACCCAGCAUUCAGGGAUUCUUUUUCCUCAAGUUUCCGGACGGGUAAACCCACUGACAGAUUCUAGUUGGUUAACAGAGCCGUCGCUCUCACCGACUCCACUUCCUACUGGCUCUUUUGGGCACCGCCCCCUGGCAGGGCGGGAGAUUCGGUGUGUCCUCGGCUGAUUUCCCUCUCCCGCGGCUCUCGGUGCACUCUCUCCCUCUAGCUCCCGCGGCGUGCUUGAGCUCUCCGCAGGUCUCUGCGUCAGGAUCGCUUUCCCCACAGCCACGAUCCGGCAGGGCAGCGUCGGUCGCUAGCUAGGCGGCCCGCAGAGACCUAGCGGCGCCUCUCCUGCCAGUGAGGCGAGCGCUCCUCGGCGUCUCGUGCAGCGGCGAUCCCUGCGCCCCGGCGUCUAACGUGCGGCGCGGCCCAGUCAGGGCACCGGCCACCUGGCAGGCGGGGACCUGUGGGCGGCCAGGGAGCGCCGCGCCCCCGCCACUCCGAGCAGCGCCUGGAUGCCCCGCUGCCGGGCGUCCGCGGGCGCGAAACGGUGCCGCAGACCCGACCGUGGCGGCGGAGCGCUGUAGAAGCGAGUGGAUACUUCCAUUUUUCAGUUGGGACCUUCGGUGACCGUGACGCCUCCGCCAGUUACAGAUAACUGUCUAAAUUUUCCAGCUGCAGAAUGUGUAGUACCUUAAAAGGUUGGCCGUGAUGAGUAAACUGGAAUUAAAAGAAGACAAGAUGCUGGAGGUCCAGUUUGUGGGAGAUGAUGAUGUGCUUAAUCAUAUUCUUGAUAGAGAAGGAGGUACUAAAUUAAAAAAAGAGCGAGCUCAGCUUUUGGUCAAUCCACAGAAAAUAAUAAAAAAGCAGGAAUAUGGUGUGGAGGAAGGUGACCAAGAAGUGUUAAAGGAUCAGAACUACGUGAAAGUUUUGGGACAAAACGUUCAAGAAUCUUUGAAAAAUGGCACUGCUACAGAUGGUGGGAAUAAAGUUUAUUCUUUUCAGAAUAGAAAGUACCCUGAAAAGAUGGCGAAGUUAGCUUCUGAACUAGCAAAAACACCGAGAAAAAAUGUUUCGUUCAGUUUGAAAAAUGAUCCUGAAAUUAAAAGCAUCUCUCAGAGUAGUAAGGGGCACUCUGCUUCGGACAAAGUUCAGCCAAAGAACAACAAAAAUGAAUUGCAGUCUACACCACCUCGAAGUCUAAGAAAGAGAUUAAUAGUUCCCAGCUCCCAUUCCGACAGUGAAAGUGAAUAUUCGGCGUCGAACUCGGAGGAGGAUGAAGAGGUUGCACAGGAAUCCGAGAAGGACACAAACGCAUCUGUGCUCAGCCAGAAGACGCAGGCUGCGAGCAGAAUCCUGGUGCCCACCUGCAGAGGCACGCCUUCCAAGAGGAUGAGGAGAGAGGACAGUAGCAACUUAGUGGAAGAAUAUUUCGAAGCUCACAGCAGUUCCCAAGUCUUGACCUCCGACAGAACCCUGGAGAAGUUGAAGAGGGCAGCCCUGGAUCAGCAAACGCUGCGUAACUUACUGAGCAAGGUUUCCCCUUCCUUUUCUGCUGAACUUACACGAUUAAAUGAACAACACGAAAAGUUAUUUCAUAAAUGGAUGCUGCAGUUACACCUUGGUUUCAACAUUGUGCUCUAUGGUUUGGGUUCUAAGAGAGAUUUACUAGAAAGGUUCCGAACCACCAUGCUGCAGGACUCCGUCCAUGUGGUCAUCAAUGGCUUCUUCCCUGGGAUCAGUGUAAAGUCAAUCCUGAAUUCUAUAACAGAAGAAGUCCUUGAUCAUGUGGGUACUUUCCGAAGUGUUCUGGAUCAGCUAGACUGGAUCAUAAACAGAUUUAAAGAAGAUUCUUCUUUAGAACUCUUCCUUCUUAUCCACAACUUGGACAGCCAAAUGUUGAGAGGAGAUAAGAGCCAGCAGAUUAUUGGACAGCUAUCAUCUUUGCCUAACAUAUACCUGAUAGCAUCUAUUGACCACCUCAAUGCUCCUCUCAUGUGGGAUCAUGCAAAGCAGAGCCUUUACAACUGGCUGUGGUACGAGACCACCACAUACAGCCCCUACACCGAGGAGACGUCCUACGAGAACUCCCUGCUGAUCACACAGUCCGGCUCACUGCCGCUCAGCGCUCUGACGCACGUCCUGCGGAGCCUGACCCCUAAUGCACGGGGAAUCUUCAAGCUGCUGAUGAAGCAUCAGCUGGAGAACCAGGAGGACCCUUCAUACCCUGGCCUCUCCUUUCAAGACUUCUACCAGCAGUGUCGGGAGGCCUUCCUCGUCAACAGCGACCUCACCCUGAGGGCCCAGAUGACUGAGUUCAGGGACCACAGGCUCAUAAGGACAAAGAAGGGCCCCGAUGGCGUGGAGCACUUACUGAUCCCUGUGGACAGCCAGACGCUGACUAACUUCCUGGAAGAGGAGGAGGAGGCGACGGUGACGGCCUGAAGUGGCCUCUGCACCUGGCUCCUUGCGCUGCCUCCCUGCGCAGGGACCAUGGUGCCACGGGUGGAUGUGCCUUCUUCACAGGUCACCUCCGGGGACUCCUGUGGGACGGGGACGCUCAGGGACGCCGGAAUGGAUGUUUCUCGGCUCUUUUCUGCUAGGGUCAGCAUUGCCGGGGCUCCGAGGAGGCCUUUAACACUCCCCGAGUUGGCCCUGCGUGCGCGCCAGCAUCUUGGCCAACCGUGUCACGUGGGAGCCGGGGCAUAGGGAGGUGGUUCAGGGAAGGGACGAAAGCCGGGCAGGACCCGGCCUACGGCAGAGGGCAGGGAGCAGGCCAGGCUGAGGGAGUCCUGGAUCGCGCCACAGUGAUUCGCACGGGGUAGGAGUGAGACGGAGCAGGGUGGCCUGCAGCCCUGGGGUGCAUGUGGCAUCUAGCAGCAGCUAUGUGGCCCAGUGGGCACUGGGCACGGUGGCAUCAGCCUGCCGCUCAAGAUGGUGUCCUGUGACCCCUGCUGAAACUUUCUAAAAGUGCUGGUGACUUCUGUUAAUUUCUUUGUGAUAUAGAAUUGAUUUUGUGUCUUAAGUAUCACUACUGAAAAGACAUCAUUUAUACAUGAAUUUACUUCUAAAAAUAUUUUUUGCCAGUAGCAUAGCAAAUUUGAGUGAGUUUCCUUCCCACGCCUGACCCCUGCCAGCGGCUAUUCUGCUGAGAGGGCGCCGUCCAUCACUGGGCUCCUAGCCCUGUGCCAGCCACCUCCCUGCCGCCCCACUUAGAGGCACAGUGGUGUCAUGCUUGGGGGUUUGCACCUUGCUUUCUUGCUUUUGUCUUGUUUAUAGCUGUUACACUAUAAAAAUAUGUAAAAUUUUAAUGACCUAACAUGCAAACUUUUGCAUCUGCUCUUAAAUAUCUAUGGUUUAUUUUUGUAAUUUUGGUGUCUGUAUACUAUUGGCGAGCAGUCAGUACAUGUCAGCAGAGUGCUACUGAUAAAUAAAAGCCACUUUGGAUAGCA